UGAACAAUGGAGGAGAAUGAAAUUGCCACAAGCGACAGAUAGAAAGACGAUACAAAGAUGGAAAACAAAUUUAUUCUUGUCAAACAGGAAAUUAAUUAGAAAACAAAUGAUUAUGACUUUGGCCUUGCUUGUGGGUAUGAGAGAGUUUUUCACUUUGUGAUCAUCGAGUCAUUGUCUCAGCUUGGGAAGCUACAUCCUCGCAAUUUCCCUCAAAAUGCUCCAACCUCUAUACGCAAUCCACAAUCCUUCUUCUGCCCUUCCCUUCUCCAGGUUUUCCCUAUCAAACAAUUCAGAAAGAAAAAUUGGUCACUGGCUACAAUAGCCCACCUGCUCUAUGGCUCAACGUUCCCAUGUCCCAAAAUUCGGAAACUGGGACGAUGAUAAUAUACCUUACACUGCAUACUUUGAUAAUGCACGCAAAGAGAAGGCCAGCGUCCCCAUUAACCCAAAUGAUCCGGAGCAGAAUCCAGAGGCCUUCAUGUAUGGGAGAGGUGAUUUGAGUUUUGGCCACAGCCAAAAGAGUAUCACGUCAGAAUCUGGCAGUUCUCUGCUGCAGGCUGCAGGUUAUCGUCGGGAAAAAUCCGAGCGGAAGAAGGGUUGGGUCACUGAGGGAGCUAAUAAUAGCUUCUCUACAUCUGUUGCCCCGCAGCAUUGUAGACACAGAAGUGCAAGUCAUCCAUCUGAUAAUGACAAACACCAUAGAUCAACUUCAAUUCCUCAAUUUGGAGCUUGGGAUGAAACAGACCCCAAUUCUGGAGAAGGUUUUACUGUAAUUUUCAACAGAGUGAAAGAGGAGAAAAAAAAUUCAUCUGCUGCAAUCCCACCUCUCCCACCACAGCCAUCUUAUUAUCCUGCACCUCAAAGAAACCAAUCUACUUCUUCCUCUCCAUCAAGGCUCUGUUGCUGUCUUUUUUCUUGCGGAAGCAAGUGAUGGAAUGGAAUGGUUAUUUUUCGCUUCUCAUGGCUUUGUUUCUUCAUCACUCGGAAGUUGGAACAAUUUAAGAUUUUGUCUUUGUAUUAUUUAAUAUUGCUCCUUAUUGCCCAUGACUUCUGUAAUUAACAUGUUAUUGUUUAUUUUCUUGGUCUUUUUAUAAAACAAAUAAUAUAUGUAUUGAUUGUUUUUCAAGUUACUUGGUAAUGUGUUCGUAUUGGUUAGGGCAAUCAAAAGAAAACGAUUCAAUCCUUUA